AUGCUUGGAUUCAGAGGCAUUUUAUCUAGCGUUCGCGUCAAUGCUAGGCCAUUCUCACAAUCUGCUGUGAGAACGCAAGAGAUUAUAGAUUUUACCAGAUUGAGUUUGCUCAAGAGGACCAAAGAGGCCGAUGGUUUGUCCAGAAAAGAUUCUUCGCUCUCUUCGAUGAUGCAGUCGCCUAGAGAGGCGGCUUUGCAUUCUAAGCUUACUGGGAUCCAAGCCGGAAGGACGGUGGAUGUAUUCACGGGGAAUACCGCUGCAGCUUUCCAGAGGUUGGGAGCUGUAGUGAGAGCCAACGGGAUCAUGAGAGACAAGAGAAGCCAAAGAUUCUACUUGAAGCCCGGUAAGGCUAGAGAGAUGAGAAGAUCUCGUAAACACAGAAAGGAGUUCAUGAAGAGUUUCAAGCACUUGAUAGAGGUGGUCAAGGAUGCCAAGAGAAAGGGGUACUAG